ACACAGUGCAGGCGCCCAACCCGCCGCCGCUAGAUCGGUGCCGAUUCCUACCCUGCCCCGACCGCCAGCGCGACCAUGUCCCAUCACUGGGGGUACGGCAAACACAACGGACCUGAGCACUGGCAUAAGGACUUCCCCAUUGCCAAGGGAGAGCGCCAGUCCCCUGUUGACAUCGACACUCAUACAGCCAAGUAUGACCCUUCCCUGAAGCCCCUGUCUGUUUCCUAUGGUCAAGCAACUUCCCUGAGGAUCCUCAACAAUGGUCAUGCUUUCAACGUGGAGUUUGAUGACUCUCAGGACAAAGCAGUGCUCAAGGGAGGACCCCUGGAUGGCACUUACAGAUUGAUUCAGUUUCACUUUCACUGGGGUUCACUUGAUGGACAAGGUUCAGAGCAUACUGUGGAUAAAAAGAAAUAUGCUGCAGAACUUCACUUGGUUCACUGGAACACCAAAUAUGGGGAUUUUGGGAAAGCUGUGCAGCAACCUGAUGGACUGGCCGUUCUAGGUAUUUUUUUGAAGGUUGGCAGCGCUAAACCGGGCCUUCAGAAAGUUGUUGAUGUGCUGGAUUCCAUUAAAACAAAGGGCAAGAGUGCUGACUUCACUAACUUCGAUCCUCAUGGCCUCCUUCCUGAAUCCUUGGAUUACUGGACCUACCCAGGCUCACUGACCACCCCUCCUCUUCUGGAAUGUGUGACCUGGAUUGUGCUCAAGGAACCCAUCAGCGUCAGCAGCGAGCAGAUGUUGAAAUUCCGUAAACUUAACUUCAAUGGGGAGGGUGAACCCGAAGAACUGAUGGUGGACAACUGGCGCCCAGCUCAGCCACUGAAGAACAGGCAAAUCAAAGCUUCCUUCAAAUAAGAUGGUCCCAUAGUCUGUAUCCAAAUAAUGAAUCUUCGGGUGUUUCCCUUUAGCUAAGCUCAGAUCUACCUUGGUGAUUUGGACCCUGGUUGCUUUGUGUCUAGUUUUCUAGACCCUUCAUCUCUUACUUGAUAGACUUAUUAAUAAAAUGUGAAGACUAGACCAAUUGUCAUGCUUGACACAACUGCUGUGGCUGGUUGGUGCUUUGUUUAUGGUAGUAGUUUUUCUGUAACACAGAAUAUAGGAUAAGAAAUAAGAAUAAAGUACCUUGACUUUGUUCACAGCAUGUAGGGUGAUGAGCACUCACAAUUGUUCACUAAAAUGCUGCUUUUAAAACAUAGGAAAGUAGAAUGGUUGAGUGCAAAUCCAUAGCACAAGAUAAAUUGAGCAAGUUAAGGCAAAUCAGGUAAAAUAGUCAUGAUUCUAUGUAAUGUAAACCAGAAAAAAUAAAUGUUCAUGAUUUCAAGAUGUUAUAUUAAAGAAAAACUUUAAAAAUUAUUAUAUAUUUAUAGCAAAGUUAUCUUAAAUAUGAAUUCUGUUGUAAUUUAAUGACUUUUGAAUUACAGAGAUAUAAAUGAAGUAUUAUCUGUAAAAAUUGUUACAAUUAGAGUUG